AUGGCUGAUAAUAGUGAUGAUGAAGACGCACUAAUCUUGGAUGAAGAAGACCAGGCCUUGAUUCUCCAGGAUAUGGAAGCUGGAGUAUCUGAAGUUAUAAUAGUGCCCGCAGGUGCAACAGAUUCCACCACAGAUCCAGAUCCAACUCCUGGCUCUUCAUCAUCUCCUGAUUCGCCAUUGAGUGGUGCAGUACCGGAUUUCAAGUUUAAGAAGAACACUCAUCAGCCUUACGAGUACUUAUUUUCUGAGACUGAUUAUGACUUUGAUAAGGUAAACAUACUGCAACAGUCAGAGUCUCUGAAAACCAUAGACCAUAGAACCAUAGAUAGAGAGAAAGAUAUUUUUGAGGCAACUUCGAAUAUCGAGGCGUUGAUUGAAGACAUUAUAUUACCGGAGUAA